UUCCAAGCAUGGAUCCAAUCCCAGGCACAUCAGUCAUAUUGGAGCACGGCGCCAAUAUUGCCCCGGACGAUAUCAAACGGAUGCUGACGUCGAUCUCGCGAGGAAAUCCCGACGAGCCCAAAGAAAACGACGAUUCUGGAGACGACUGUAAUGGGUUCAUACCACGAAAUCGGUUGAUAUCUGUUUUCAACUACAACAACGCACUACAAUGCCUAUCGGCUUGUCUCUCGUCCAGUGUCGAAACUACAAAAAUCGAUCUAAUCGCUCGCGAUAUCAGUCCAGAGGAUGGAGAGUGUCCUCGGUGUUCAGUCGCAACAUGCACUGGAUUGAGAAUCAUCUUCGUAACCUUACUGCUCCUGAACAGGGGUGCGUGUAUCUUGGAAAUACACAAGUCUGGGGAGAAGAUAUGUGAUAGUACCUGGCCGCUUGAUAACCCAAGUAACGAGUGUCCGACCGCCUUAGCUCUCCGGAAUAUCACACAGUCAUUUGAAGUACCAGAUAAAGAGUUAUUCAUCAGCCUCCAAUGGCGUAUGAGAUCUCCUUACUUCAAGACCACAACGCAAGUUUCGCAAGGCGUAAAGCCAUUUGAAGUUCGCGAUGAGGUAAUUCUGCCAUGGAUAAAGGCUGUGAAGAUAGUGGGAAGCGAGCGUGGAAACUUGUCAUCUGUGUACAAGAUCAAAAUUCAUGCAGGCCACCACGACGAUCAUACAUCGAAUGGAGGUUGGUUUGCGGUCAAAAUUCUCGAGAAAGGCAAGGUGCUCGCCUAUGCUGAGGAUGUCUUCAAACGCGAGACGGCCGCUAAUCAACGAGCCACCCAUCCACGAAUUGUCCCCCUCCUUGCCGCUUUCAAGCAUAGAAAUAAGUUUCAUCUCUUGUUCCCUUUAGCAAGUGGUGGCGAUCUUCAGCAAUUUUGGGAGAAAUUUGGGCCUCGCCCUGACCUCGGGGGCGAACCAGCCCCAUGGUUUUCACCGGAAUGGGUAACAGAGCAAUGCUAUAAUAUAGCCGAUGCACUAGCUACUGUCCACGGUUACUCAUCUAAUGGAGAUGCGGUUGUGAACAGGCCACAGAUUCAUCAUGAUAUCAAGCCGGAAAAUAUUCUGUGUUUUGAUGAUUCAAGGAACGGUGAGGUUACAUACAACCUCAUGCUGACAGACUUUGGCCUGUCGCUGCUUGCCGAUAGCCGAUCCACCUUCCGACCAGAGGAUAUCACAGCAACACUGACAUAUAGACCCCCUGAAGUAGACAUACCUGACGGAUCUGAUCUGGGGCAGAAGAUGGACGUCUGGUGUUUGGGUUGCCUUUACCUCGAUUUCGUAACCUGGGCCAUUCUCGGCUGGUCUGGAGUAGAAGAUUUCGAGGACAAACGCACUGAACGUGACGAAACCGAAUCUGGAGGCUCUAUAUGGAUAGAGGAUACAUUCUUUGCUAAAAGGAAGGUUGCUCAGUAUGGCUGGUGCUUUAGAAAGACCUUCAGGAAGGAGGCAAACAUCAAGCCUUCCGUCAUUUCGCAUAUGGACGACCUGCGACGUCAUGAAAUAUGCCGUGGUAACAUGAAGUUAGGGAAGAUUCUUGAUUACAUCGAGCGGAAGAUGCUAGUCGUCAACACCAAAAAGAGAGACGAAUCUAGCAAGAAAUUUCAUCAUGUCACUUAA